AUGACAGUGUUCCCAUCUCUAGUGUUGUUUGGAAUUUUGGUCUCUUUGGCUUCAACCAGUUCUCAGCCUGGUAAAGAAAUAAGUUACCAUAGACUUUGGAGGCCUCUAAUUGGUCAUGAUGGGAAGGUUUAUGCUUGCUCUGAGAAAGAUUUGCUUGCAUUUGAAAGUAAUGGGACUAUUGCUUGGACCCUGCAUUUGAAUUAUACAUGUAAUUUUGAUAUGCCUCCAAUUCAUGGUGGUAAAGAAAAGAUAUAUCUGGUUGCGGAUAAUAGGGUGCUUGAGGUUAGCUUGUUAAACAAUGGGACGUCUAAACCUUCUGCAGAAGUUUUGCUUAGUACAGAACCAACUAAAGAAGGAGAUGGUGAGAUUGUUGGGGUGGCAAUCAGUACAGUGAGUUCAUCUGUAUAUGUAAACAUUAGGCGUAGGGGUCUCUUUGCAUACGCGGCGCGUGGACAAUUGCUCUGGAGUGCUGGACCUGUGAUCGAUCAACAUGGAUAUCAACAGGGUUGUAGGAAGAACAUUGCAGAUUGUUACUUUAACUCUGUCCCUGUGAUUGAUCAAUGUGAGGCUAGUAUAUAUAUAUCCAAUACUGGAGGAGAAUUGUACUCCUUGUCAAUUCGUCGUCCUCACUUCAAAUGGAUCCAGGAUUUAAGUUCUUACGGCAAAGUUUUCUCUAUAACUCCUGGAAACAAUGGUCGAUUGUAUGUUACUGUUCCAACCAAGCCUCUAUUGUUGGCACUAGAUGUUUCUUCAGGAAAUGUGUUGUGGGAAGGAAGUAUUGGACCAUUAAGUACAGCAGAUCACACACCAGUUGUCGAUUCUAAUGGUUGGAUAUCUAUCGGUUCAUUAGACGGGUUCUUAUACUCAUUUUCGCCAACUGGGGUUCUUAAGAAAUUCUCAAAAGCAGCUGCAGUGGAUUCAGUUAUCCAAGUCACUCCAUUUCUUGACUGCACCGGCUUUGCAAUUUAUAUUGCUCAGACCAAAAUGGAGGGGAAGAUCAGCCACACGGUAGGUGAAUAUACUUUUGUGUCAGCAAUGAAACCUAAAGGUGUAGUCUUUACCUUGUAUGUUCCAGCAACAGGGUCCAUCUACUGGUCUGGAAGAUAUCCUGGUGAUCAGUUCUCAUCCUUGAUUUCUCAGAGUGAUCUCCACCAUUUUAUAGUAGACGAGAGGAUUGUUCUUGCCUUUGUUGCUGCUUCAAGCCAAAAGAUUAUGUCUAGCUGCUCCCAAGUAAGGCCAAAGCUUGCCAACAUCUACACAGCCGGACUGGUGCGGUUCUGUUGUAUAUUUUGGAGUAAAAAGAAGCUUCAAGGUCGAAACCUUGGAACUUUUCUUGAAAAGCGACGUUCUCUUCGACUGAAAAAGAAGGCAUUCGAUAGGACAAUUACAGAACUUGAGCAAAAAGCAGCAAAUGAAGCAGUGGCCAACGAUGAGGCGCUACAGAAAUUAGGCAGUCUGUUGCAAGAAAGGGAAGGCAUCAAGAGGAAGCUGUCAACAACCUAUAGUUUGGGAAGAGAUAGGAUCACCUCAAGGUCAAAAUCUCUUCUUCCUUUGUAUGAUGGGAAAACAAGAAGCUAUUAUUUUCAAGGAGCAAAGAAAGAGAGUGUUACUGUCUUCCACACACUGAGUGAUACAUCAUCUUCCAAAGAACACAGCAGUGAGGGGGAGAGUAGCUGGACUUAUGAAGAGAAGGGCAAAGAACCCUUGGAACAAGAGAGUUCAUCAAGUCAUGAGGAUGGCUUCUUUACUAAGGACUACCGGAGAAGUCCAUCGGAGCCAGCUUCGAGCUCAACAGGAUUUGUGGAUCAUGAGUGUAAUGUGGAGUCUGCACAUGAGAUGAAGAUUGGCACUAGGAGCUUAUCUUUGAAGAAGAGAAGGGUUAUGUCCUCAACAAAUUAG